AUGACGUCCCUACAAACAACGUCAGCUACUACUAUUCGCACGGCUCCCCUUCAACCCCUAUCAUCGCUUUCACUCUCUUUCCCUGUGCGGCGCGCGGGCCAGCAGCAGCGGAAGCUGCGGAGUCUGGCGGUUCAGCGCAGGAGUGUAGGAGUGGUGGUGAGGGCGUCGAGCCAGGGUGAAAGCGGUCAGGGGCGCGGUCACGCGGACGAGAAACGACCCCUAUUUACCAAGGGCGAUGGCCCAUACUUCGCCAAAGCUCUAGGGGGGUGUGUCGUGGGAGCAGUGGCGAUUAAAUACGGAAGUCUCUUUAUUGUACCGCAGCUUACUGAGUCACCUAGCCUGGCUGUUGCACUCACGAUUAUCACGACUCCUGUUGUACUCUCUGCCAUUUUGCUUGCAUAUGCAAGCUCAAAGUUGGACUGA